AUGCGACGAGAGGUUGCCGAAAGAGGUCGCCAUCAGACACCAGAUGCCUGUUCAAUUAUGGAAAAAGGUGAUGGUAUGCAACAAAAUCAAUCGACUGGAGUCACUGCCACCCCAACUGCUGCACCAACAGCAGCUUCGCCAGGUGGUACAACUGAUACAAAUACUACUGGCACCACAAAUGUACCGAGUUUAUUAGGUGUACAGCCACGUUUAAAUAGUAUGGGUGAUGAUGCAAGUGGCUUUUUAGCAAUGAGUGUUGUCGAUGAGGAUGAUAAAAAUUACGAUACAGAAGGUAUUGAAUCUGAUCAUGGUGAUCAUACAAAAACAGUACCAAAUUCUCAAGAUAUUUACGAUUCUCUCACUAAUAAUAAAGCAAGAGAAAGUGAAUUUUAUGAACCAGUUUUACCACCUGAAGUGAUUCGUCGUGUUAAUGCAUUAAGAAAUUUACAAGCUGAAUAUCAUCAAUUAGAAUCAAGUUUUUUUGAAGAAGUUCAUACUCUUGAAUGUCGUUAUCUUAAUAAAUAUCAACCACUAUACGAAAAGCGUCUAUCCAUAGUCAAGGGUGUUUAUGAACCUACGGAUGCUGAAGCAAAAUGUGCAUUCGAUGGAAAUGAUGAAGAAACUGAUGACGAAGAAAAAAAAACCGGUGAUAAAACUGAUGAGAAAAAAGAUGAAAAAACAGAAGGAAAAUCUAGUGGUAUACCAGACUUUUGGUUACAAGUAUUUAAAAAUUCGGAUGUAUUGUCUGAUUUGAUUCGUGAUGUUGAUGAACCAAUUCUUAAACAUUUAAUCGAUGUUCGUAUUAAAAUGCAUGAUGAAGCACCUCAAAAGGGAUUCACCAUUGAAUUUGAGUUUACAGCCAAUGAUUAUUUUUCAAAUACUAUUUUAACGAAAAAUUAUGAACUACGUACUGGUCCUGAUGAAAAAGACCCAUUGUCGUACGAAGGCCCAGAAAUUAUUAAAAGUAAAGGUUGUACAAUUAAUUGGAAAAAAGAUAAAAAUGUUACUAUCAAAAUGGUUAAAAAACGACAAAAACAUAAAAAUCGUGGCACUGUACGCGUUGUUACCAAAGAAGUUCAAGCUGAAUCGUUUUUUAAUUUCUUUAAUCCACCUAUUGUGCCAGAUGAUCCAGAAGUUGAUAUUGAAGAAGAUGCCGAACAAGUGUUGGCAGCUGAUUUUGAAAUUGGACAUAUGCUAAGAGAUUCAAUUGUACCUAAAGCUGUUUUAUAUUAUACGGGCGAAGCGGGGGAUGAUGAAAGUGGUGAUUUUGAUGAAGAUGAAGACGAAGAAGAUGACGAUGAAGACAGUGACGAAAACGAAGACGAGGAUGAGGAAAGACACGGUGGAGCACAUCAUCAUGGAGGACGAGGGGGUCAACAUGGAGGAAAACAUCCACCAACGGCACCAGGAGGAGCUGGAAGAUCUGGCAAAUCUAAAGGUGCAGGUGGUGGUAAUAGUGCAGGGAAUCAACAACAGCCCGAAUGUAAACAACAAUAA